UUUCAGCAGGGAAACUUUUAAAAUCCUGUGCUGUUUAUACACUUACAUUUCUAACAUUAAAUUGUUUCUCAAAUGCUGUUAUCUAAGAUUUAAAACGCUUUCGGCGUUUUCACUAUUACUGGAAGUGUAAAGCGGCCAAAGUUUUCCUUAAAAUGCUUAGAUAUUUAAUAUACUCGCUAUAUUUAUUUCCACAAAUAUUUCUGAUCACUGUAACGACAUGUCAAUCUACUCCAAAUCUAUCUAGAAAUACGAUGAAAGAUUUUAGUUUGGAGGUUGGUUCACCAAAGAGCAUUCGAUGCUUCAUAUCUGGCCAAGAGCAAUACAAAAAUUCAACUUACAACGUGUCUUCUGAAGAUUUAUUUAUAAAAUUUCGUGGAAACUUUCUAGGUAACGUCACAAUUACAGGUAAGAAAACUGCAAUGUUAUCCAAUCAAAAUGCCGCUAUUAAUGACGAAGGAUUGUCCAAGUCAAAAUCCAGAGCUGAGCGAGUGAGACGCUUAAGCCGUGAUACCGUUAAGCGAAAAAUAAGUACUUAUUUCACCGAAGUUAAACCGACUUCUGUGAUACUUCACUGGAAUCCUCCUACUGAAGUUAUAUAUCUUUGUAAACCUGAUCUCUCGAUCAAGUACGACAUCCGGUAUCAUCCUGUUUACGAAACAAAAUUUAAGGUGGUAAGGCCACGUUCCCCAACUGACUUUGUUCAAUUAACAAGCUUGAUACCUAAUACAAGAUACCAGUUCGAAUUCCGCUGCAAGCCAUGUAGUGAAAAAAAUGAUUCCGUCUGGAUGUUCUCUAAGACUUUUUUUAUGACUACACCUCCUGAUGUUCCUUACUGGAGACCAGAAAUCACAAAUUCUUCGUUUAGCAGUGAAAUUGAAGAUUUUGAAGAUGCUGAACAAAGUAUAGACCAACUGCAUUCUGUUCAUAACAGAACAAUAACUCUGUAUUGGAAAAACAUACCUGUUGAGCAUGAAAAUGGCGAAAAGUUUCAGUACUGGAUUCGUGUGUCAGCUCCAUUUCGAUCUUAUAUAAAAAAGGAGGUUUCUGCUGCUAGAGAAACAUCGUAUAGUUUUACAGGCAUGCUACCAAGUGUUUCUUACAGAUUUGAAAUAUUUGCUGGCAACAUUAUCGGUAAUUCAUCUAACUCCUCCGUGAUAGUUGUUGGAGAAGAAAGAUCCCUGCUUAAUGGACCAAAGAGAAUCAUCUUCCUUUCCCAUACAUAUGAUUACGAGAUUAUUUUGUUUCCUGGUCGACAUAAAGUAAAAUAUUAUACUGUAUUUUGGUGUAAAAGUUCACAGCCACGUCCUGUGAGAUGUGAAGAUUCUCUACAAUGGUCGAAUAUGCCAUGGAAAGGACUAUCUUAUUAUCUGCAUCCAUCUCACAGAAGCAUCGAUUACCAAUUUGCCGUGUCUGCCAAUUCUGAAACCCGGACAUCAGGAAGAUUGACCCCUGUCAUAUUCUGA